AUGAGUAUGUUCCUUAAUGACCCAUCACCAAUGCAUGAUGACCUUCAACCAAUCUUCCAAAAGCAUCACAGUUCACUUCAGCGUUGGGAGCAUUUGAAGAAAGUGGCCAUAUAUCCGAAUGACAAACAUGGACACUUGCUUGAGUGGGAGAUCAUGCUCCAGUACUGUUUUCCUCGGCUGGAUAUCAAUGUUAGCAAAGGAAUCAAUCAUUUGCUGAAGAGCCCUUUUAGUGUUCAUCCUAAAACAGGUCGCAUUUCAGUGCCUAUUGAUUUACAGAAAGUAGAUCAGUUUGAUCCGUUUACUGUUCCAACCAUAAGCUCCAUCUGCCAUGAAUUAGAUGCCAUUUCCACUAAUGAAGAAGAAAAAGAGGAGAACAAAACUGAAUCCGAUAACAAACAUAGAACCAGAGAUUAUAAGAAGACGAGUCUAGGUCCUUACGUAAAAGUUUUUGAAAAGUUUCUUGAAAACCUGGAUAAAUCCCGAAAAGGAGAACUUCUCAAGAAGAGUGAUUUACAAAAAGACUUCUGA